CAAAAUGACAACUUCGAAAGAUGACAUCUUGUGCUUUUCUUCGUCUCUGCCACAGAUUUUGGAGUUCUGAUUGAGGAGUUCCGACAGUAAGCAUCUUAAAUUCAAAUACCCAUUUCAAUUGUUGAACUGGGUCAUUCGUUUUGGUCUCGUCUGAGUUUCAGAAUUCUAAGGAGUAAAAUCAUGGCCUUGCAUGUCAGCAGUUCAUGCUUCCCUGUUUUUAGCUGUCAAAUGAGAGUUUCUAGAGUGAGAGCUAUUGCCUCUGGAGAUUCCGCCGCUGUUAAACCAGAGGAAGGGAACAGGGUCAAGUUGGGUGGCUCUGAAUUGAGGGUCACAAGGCUAGGGAUUGGAGCUUGGUCUUGGGGAGACACUAGCUACUGGAAUGACUUUGAUUGGGAUGAUAGGAAAAUGAAAGCUGCUAAGGCUGCUUUUGAUGUCAGUAUUGAUCUUGGGAUAAAUUUCUUUGAUACUGCUGAAGUCUAUGGCUCGAGGCUUGCAUUGGGUGCCGUAAGUUCUGAAACUCUGCUAGGAAGAUUCAUCAAGGAACGCAAAGAAAAGGAUCCUGACGUUGAGGUUGCUGUUGCAACCAAGUUUGCAGCAUUGCCAUGGAGGCUGGGCCGUGGAAGUGUCGUAAAAGCCCUCAAGGACUCAAUGAGUCGCCUUGGAAUUUCUUCGGUGGACCUAUAUCAACUCCAUUGGCCUGGAGUAUGGGGAAAUGAAGGGUAUCUCGAUGGUCUUGGAGAUGCUUUUGAGCAGGGCCUUGUGCAAGCUGUUGGUGUUUCAAAUUACGGUGAGAAACGACUCCGUGAUGCUUAUGAAAAGCUCAAGAAGAGAGGUAUCCCACUGGCUGCGAACCAAGUGAAUUACAGCCUAAUCUUCAGGGCUCCGGAGCAGAAUGGGGUAAAGGCAGCGUGUGAUGAACUUGGGGUCACUUUAAUUGCAUAUUCACCUAUUGCUCAAGGGGCUCUUACGGGAAAGUAUACGCCAGAAAAUCCACCAAGUGGUCCUCGAGGCCGAAUUUACACGCCUGAGUAUCUAACAAAGCUCCAACCUCUGAUAAACAGAAUCAAGGAAAUAGGAGAGAAAUAUGGUAAAAGUAAUACUCAGGUGGUUCUCAACUGGCUCAUAGCCCAGGAUAAUGUUCUUCCAAUCCCUGGAGCCAAAACUCCUCAGCAGGCGGAGGAAUUUGCUGGUGUUCUUGGGUGGCAAUUAACCAAUGACGAGAUCAAUGAGCUACGCUCAUUGGCGUCUGAGGCAGGACAACCGGUUGGUUUCCCCGUUGAAAGCUACUAAAUUCUUAACUGUAAGUUCACACUAUUCUAGAUAGAAAAAAUAGAUGGUUGAGGAACUAGGGAUCCUUUUGAUGGCACUGAAAAUGUAGAGAAAUUGCACUAGCAAUUGCCUCAGUAUCAGUACGUUGAAAAGUUCAUCUUAUUGUAAGUUCAUAUACACUAGUUAAAUAAAUUGAAAGACAUUAUAUGAAUCCAUAAAUAAUUGCUAUUU